UGAAUUUGGUUUUAGGAAUUUGGGUUCCUUUCUGAGUGAACUUCAGUAUCUAUCAGGAAGUCAUUGCAACAGCAGUGAUUUUGAGUUCUCUUUCUUUUUAAGUUUGACAUUUGUGACAAUGGCAUUAAAUCACAUACUCAGAUUUCUUCUUUGUCUUCUAACCUUCAAAACAGGGUUCAAUGCUGAGAUCUCGGUGUUUGUGCAGACGGGAACUUCUGUUCAACUGCAUAUACAGACACAAGAGCUACCAGAGUUUGUUGAUUUAUCCUGGAAAAAUGAUAAAUCAGAGAUUAUAGUUCGAUAUACAAAUGAACCUAAAAAAGUAAGACUUCACUCUUCCUACAAGGACAGAGUGGAUUUUAAUGAUAAAACCUUCUCUGUAACACUGAAGAACAUGCAGAAGACAGACAGUGGACUCUACACAGCAAGAGCAAGUGGAGAAACAGAGAACGAUAUUGUUACAUACAGAGUAUCUGUUAUAGAUGCUGUGGAGGCUCCUGUCCUGACUGUGAACUCAAACUGGUCCAGCAGUGACUCCUGUACUGUGAACUUCACAUGCAGAGCUCCUGAGCUCAUGAUUAACUCUAGCUAUCAGAACAACAGAUGCUCUCCACAGGAAGUGACAUCACAUGAGAUCCACACUCUCAUCCUGGACUGCAGUGAGGAAUCCAUCAUCUGUAACCAUAGCAACCCUGUCAGCUUGAAAGAAGACAGAAUAAACAUCAAAGAACUCUGCAUUAAUAAAGAGAGUGGCUCAGACAAUCACCUGAUUGAUUCAUCUCUCCUGGGGCCAGUAGUUGGUUUGGCGGCAGUGUGCAUUUUAAUGCUGUGUCUUUCAGUCUUUCUGUACUUCAAGUAUAAAAAAGGUGCUCAGGAGGAGGUAGCAGAAUGUAGUUCAGUCUAUGCUCAAGUUGAGAUGCAGUUGAAGCUCUAGUCCUGAUUUUUAACUUACACUGGUCCAGUCCUGAACCCUGUAUUUUUACAUGUAAUGGAAGUAACAUUACCGUCAGCUUUAUAUAUGACAGUAGCAGCUGUUCUCCAGAAGACCUUAACAUCCUCUGAUAACUACACUCUAAGACUGAGCUGCAGUGGUGACUCCAUCAUGUGUAACUACAGCAACCCAGUGAGCUGGAAGACUGACAGAGAGAAGGUUAAUGAACUCUGCACUGUUAAUCUAAGUACAUAAUGUAUCCGCUCUGACCUGUAAAAACACUCACAGAUGAGGAAACAGAAAAUAAAUAAGAGAAAGUAAGUAAACACUGGACUGAGAGGGAGUAAAAACUGGGAAAGCUGAUCAUUUUUUGUCUUAUCUUUCAUAUCUACAAAUACUGUAAUCUUGAGAGGCAUCUCUGGAUCUCUUUUGCCGACUGAUAAAGUUUGUUGUUAGAUGUCUGUUUCUGUUUCUACAAGAAAUAAGUUGAUUCAGAGAAUCUAAGUGGCUUUUUGUUUUUCUCUUCUGAAUUUUUCUAAACUCACAACAUUCUAAAUCAAUAUUCAAACAAUUAAUAUUAAAUUAAGGUGUGCAUUCUACCAAAACUUCUACUUGUGUAGUUACAGCCCAUCAAGCAACAUUAGAGCGCCACCCUCAGGCUAAAUUACACAGAGACACUAGACCUCUGCCUCCCCUAAAUUUCUGGUCAGGACCUGCAGAACUUUCCACUCCCUUCAGAUUAUGGUCUGACACUGAUUUGCCAAGUUUGGUCCAUUUGGCCCUUGAUGUCUUAAGUGCAUUCACUGCAUUAGAUAACAGAAAAUCAAAGUGCCAUUUAUUUAAAAGAAAGAUAGCACUACCACACUUUUAAUUAUAUUUUAGGGGAAUGAAUGAAAGUGAUAAAAUGUAUAAAGUUCCUUCAAUGCAGGUAAGCUGCUUUGGAUAAAAGCAUCUGCCAAAUGCAUUAAUGUAAAUAUACUGUGCAAAAUAUAAAACAAAAUGCUGUGGCACGUGAUUGUGAAAACCUUAGCGGAAGUGACAGCAACUGACUGACACCCAACCAUCAAAACAACAACUAGUUAAAAGUUGAAUAAAAAAAGUUAGAUCUGAGAAAAGAUUAAUCAUCUUUAGUUUGUACAUGACAUUUGUUCUGACAUUGUGUAUUUUGUGUGGUUUAAGUAUGCAGGUAUAUGGCGAUAACAUACCACGUGUUUAGUUUCCAGAGUAGUUUCUGUUUUCAUCUAAAUAAGGUUACGAGGAUAUUCCCAUUUCUCAUCCUUCAUUCAUUCUGAUCCAUUUUUGUUUCAUUAGUGAAAUGGUAAACUCACAUGUACUGCUGAGUAGGAGCAGGAAGUGUGUCAACUGACUGAGCACCGGAAAGUUUCUGGUACUUUUUUUAUGCUUAUGUUUCCGCCACAGACUGAGCUUGCUAAAUCUGAUUCUAAUGACAUCUCACUAUUUCCAAGCAACAGAGGUUCCUCUUUGUAGCCUUUUGUCAUUUGUGUUUCUGUAUGCACCUUGAUGUCGGUGUCAAAAUGUGCAGUGUGUAAGUGUUUAUAAAGUGUGUUUUGCUGAA